ACUCCCCUCCUGCUCUUAUUCCUCAACUACCACCGCUCACCAAACGCUCAAUCCCUCUCACUCUUAACACCUAAACUCAUUCGAAAUGUCUGGCAAAGGCAGUGGUAAAUCCAAGUCUGGCAAGGCUUCUGGCGAGGCUGCCUCCAAGUCGCAAUCUCGUUCGGCUAAGGCUGGUCUCCAGUUCCCGGUCGGUCGUGUACACCGUCUGUUGAAGAGGGGGAACUACGCUCAGCGUGUAGGAGCUGGUGCACCUGUAUACCUCGCUGCUGUUCUCGAAUACCUAGCUGCUGAGAUCCUCGAGCUUGCUGGAAACGCAGCUCGUGAUAACAAGAAACAACGUAUUGUGCCUCGUCACUUGCAGCUCGCAAUCCGAAACGAUGAGGAGUUGAACAAGCUUCUGGGAGAUGUUGUCAUUUCACAGGGUGGUGUCGUGCCAUUCAUCAAUCCAGAGGUAAGCCGACUUGCAUUUAUUUUCCCACUCAUCACUGAUGGUCGUCUUUCCACAGCUCCUCCCAAGUAAAACACAGAAGGGCAAGAAGUCAGAAGCCGCCGAAGAGGUCUAGAGGCUGUAUACCUGUGGACUUGUUUUCCUUCGUUCUAUCUUAUUGGUCUUUUCUAGCGGUGUAUCAUAUACUGUAUCAUUAGUUGCACCAUCUCUUUGUCUCCACUAUCUGACUUCCAUUCUAUCCAUCUCUUUAAUCCUCAGUGUGGCCACUAAGCCAGUUGUGCGGAUAUCAAAGGUAUUUUUGGCAUUGGGCCAAUAGAGCCUCGGCUCCGGA